GGGUGUAGCCAUUUUGUUUUAACUGUCAUCAACGGUUGCGAAAAGGAAUCGGAAAAAUGGAGAUGUUCGGAAGAAUAUCUCAACAGGAGACAAGGAAUAAACCCAAUAUAUUAACAUAAGGAAACCAUUUAUAUAUAUUUUUAAGAUUAAGGAAGAAAUAUUCAUUGAAAUGAAGAAAAGAGAUUCAGAAGGAGUACAUGCAGUGUCAGCCAUGUCUGUUUCGUCUGGUAAUUCCCGUGGUUCAGAGCGCCGGAGACUAAGUCGGUUUUCUCUCAGACGACUUUUUUAUCCUGGAGUUAGAACUGGUAAAUCAAAGUCCAGGAUCAGUUUAGACUCAGACUCUGGUAAAUCUGAGAUGAGCUUAAGUCCAGCUUCCUCUGAAAGAGAGCCUGCCCAUCCGGUUCUCAUCAUGAACCAGACUGUCCCAGAGACAGAACAUAUGCCAGUGAAGAGUUCUGCAUCGGGAAUGAGGGAGUGCCCCCUGUGUUUGAUAGAGCGACCUGUUGAGGAUUUCCCAGAAAUCAUGACAUGCCAUCAUCGGUCCUGCAGCACAUGUCUGCAGACAUAUUUAAAAAUAGAAAUCACCGAGAGUCGCAUUAACAUAUCCUGUCCGGAGUGCACAGAGAAGUACCACCCUAAUGACAUUCAGAACAUCCUUCAGAACCAGGGUCUGAUGGAUAAAUAUGAGGAUUUCAUGGUCCGCCGUGUUCUUGUCUCUGAUCCUGACACUCGCUGGUGUCCAGCCCCAGAUUGUGGGUAUGCAGUGAUUGCCACAGGUUGUGCAGGGUGUCCCAAGAUUAAAUGUGAGAGGCCAGGAUGUGACACACACUUUUGUUACCAUUGUAAACAACACUGGCACCCAAACAAGACUUGUGAUGCGGCAAGGGCAGAAAGGUCACCCAACAUGCGCUCUACCACAACAACUUAUGGCCCUGACAUGGAGUUACACAACAAGGAUGACAUCAAGCCCUGUCCACGGUGCGGGGCAUUUAUUAUGAAGAUGAACGACGGAUCCUGUAACCAUAUGGCCUGUCCGGUGUGUGGUGCCGAGUUCUGCUGGCUCUGUAUGAAGGAAAUAUCCGAUUUACACUACCUUAGCCCUUCCGGUUGCACAUUUUGGGGUAAGAAACCAUGGAGCAGAAAGAAGAAGAUUCUGUGGCAGCUUGGGACUCUGGUGGGGGCUCCUGUGGGGAUUACACUGAUCGCAGGAAUCGCUGUCCCAGCUAUGAUCAUUGGCAUUCCAGUCUGGGUAGGAAGAAAGAUAUAUUCAAAGUAUGAGUUGGUGUAUACAUCAAAACAUAAACGUAACCUGGCUAUAACUGGAGGGGUAGCCGCCUCAGUCAUUGUUGCCCCAGUGGUGGCAGGACUAACUGUAGCAAUAGGAGUUCCUAUCCUCUUGGCAUAUGUAUAUGGUGUGGUACCCAUCUCCCUCUGUAGAAGUGGAGGCUGUGGGGUCACAACGUCAGGAAAGGGUGGUGUCAGGUUUGAAUUUGAUGAAGAAAAUGAUACAGCAGGAACCAUUGGUCAACACUUAGAUAAUCAAAGUGUGGGAACAGGUCAUAAUGUAGCCAACCCUAGCAUUGGGCCAAGUAUUGGGGAUGCCUCGCUUGGUAUGACAAGCAGUUUGAGUGCCAGUGGAAGCCACAUGGAGAGGAUAGGGGUAAUUCGAGAUGAGGGGGAUACUGCCAGUACUCGGGCCAUUGGAGGACUCAGUCUCAAUGGCAGUAUAUGUGAGGGGGCCUCACUCAUUAGUGCUUUCCAGUCAAAACUUGAAGUGCAAGCAGAUGUGUCUUCAAAUCUACAGAAGAGAAACAGCUUUAGUAGUGGUUCAGCUAAUUUCAGCAUUGGAGAAAAGUCAGGAACUGUGUCUAUAGGGGACAAUGCUAGUACAAAGGCUCUGGCGGGAUCCAUAGCUGGAUACAGGGACAGAGACAACACUUCUAUAGGGACAUCACCAUAUGAAGUCCAGGUUGAUGUGGAUUCCUCACAGACUCAAAGUCCAGAGGACUACUCUGAGAGAAACGUCCCAGAGAAACCUCGCAAUCAAUCAGGUCAGAGUUCACCGGUGUCUGGGUGCAGUGUGCGUCUUUCUUCCAUGGAUGAUCACAAGCAUAAGUGUCGACGUUGUAAGCGUUCAAUGGCCAGUGAUCGUGGAUCAGAACAACAGAGUGUUCACUUCUCUGAUCGUGUCAGCCUGCAGAAUUUUCAAACAGAUGAAAUUGUUUCCCAAAGUUUGAAUGAGAAUUCCGAGGAGAUGGAUUUAAAUGAAGAGUCCGUGUUUGAACCAGUAAAUAAUCCUAUAUUUAAAGAAGUCAUUUGUGGUAAAUCACCAGAGACCUUUAAUGAUCAUUCUUCAGCUUUUGAGAAGGCACUAGCUGCUUCAUUACCGGAAGUGGAGAGUGACAAGCCUGUCCUUAAGGAAACCGAGACCGCACGUAAAGCUGUAUCUACAACUGCACUUAUCACACAGCAGGAAUUCAAAAGCAUGGAGAAACAUCGCAAUCUAAGCAAAAGUAAAAGUCAUGAAGAUUGUGCCAUAGCCAAACAGAAGAAGGGUAGAAUAAGGCAUCACAGUUGUGAAAUCGCUAUGGACUCCGGCCGUAUAUCUCCUUCGGUUCUAGCCAGUCAGGAUCAGUCUGCUCUGUGAGAGCUUGUCUGUUUGCUUGUCAGUUACUGACAUCAUCUCAUCAACACUACCUUAUAUCAUUGAUGCUCCUUUGUUGUAUUCAUUUAUUCUGCAUAUGUAUAAUUUUGUAGUCAUAGGUUGUCUAUUUAAAUACUAUUUAGAAAUUUAUCACUCAAAGCAAUGCAGAAACUUGCUACUUUUACCUUUAUUAAUAUAUUUCUGUUAUAUUUAGUAUCAUUUUUUUUUUUUGCAAAUGAGUGAAAAGUUGGGCCCCUUUAAAACACCCCCCAAAACAGAGAUCAAAUUAACCUCAGGGAAGUAUAAGAAUGAACUCUUGGUUGGUUUUUUUUUUUUUGGAGCAGGAUGUCUGAUAUGUUUUUUUAGAAUUGGUUGCUAUCAGAAAUGAAUAAGACCAGGCCCCAAGACCAUGAACUAUGAACAGAGUAAGUCAAAAUUUAGAUUUUGAAUAUCUUGAUUUUAAUUCAACAAACAUGUUUGAAAAGUUGCAUGUUUGUAAAUAUUCAAAUGUAAACACUUAAUGAAGAUUCGGUUUUAUUUUCUUGAUUAUUUCAAAAGAAUACUAACAGAUUUGAAAUUUUAAUUAAAGUCUUUUCUCGGUUUAUGGUUUUGGGGCCAGUUUUAACAUGUUAAAGGUUAGAUACAAGUGGAUUUACCGGUAUGUGUUUCAGUAUUAAAAAAUGAGAAAUAUGGGCUUAGAAGUAUUUCUUAUUAAAGAAUAGAUGAGAUUUAAUGUUUCUACUUUAGGUGUUGAGGGGAGUCAUUGGUGCUCGAGAUUUUUUUGUUGUUUAUAUAUUUUUUGUUCUCAGUUGCUCAUUGUCAUGUUACAUACAGUGAGGAUAAGUUUUUGUGAUAGCUAAUAGAUCUUGAUAUUGAAAGUUGUUUGAACUCCAUUUUGUACAAAUUUGUUUUGUUUUCUUGUUUGGGUAAAUGUUGUUUAUAUUCUUUCUGUAGUGUGAUGUAUGUAAGUUGCAAUCAGUUUAUUCUUUUUAGUGCAUUUAACAUUGUAUGGAUGUGUAUUCCAAAAUGGGCUUGAGACUGGUACAUGUGCAUUAAUUAUUUUCAAAAGUUACAUGUAUUUUGUACCUUUUUUUUCAUACACUUAUUUUAAUUUCAAAUGUAUAAAAGAUUUUUUUCUGCUUAAGAGUGUAAUACCGUUAUUCAAAUAACGUGAAAUCUCCUCUUCAAACAAAAUGAUUCAGUGCCUUUAUAAAGAUGGAGACAUGAAUUCUUUUCAUUAAAUAAAAUUAUCACAUAUACAGGAGGCAGUAUGCAGAGUUUGAAGGAAUUUGUUGACUACUUAGAGAAAUCAAAUUUUUUUAAAUAUAAAUGUUAAAAAAUAAAUAAAUAGAGUUAGGAUGAAUGAAAAUGCCCCCUAAAAACUGCAAUCCAAAAAAGAAAUUAUGUAAAACAGAACAAAUACUUUUUCAUAACUUUCUGUUGCUUUAAUCUGAAAUUUAUUUGAAAUUUUAUGAUUUGAUGCAUAUUGCCUCUGUAUAAGUUUUCUUCAUUCUUUGGUGUAUAUCAUAAAGAAAUUGAAAAUAAAUGAAUCAUCUCCUCCAUUUUCAUGACCAUUUGAUGGAUAACAAAAAUGUCACACACAUAUGAUUACUUUAAAAAAGGCCGGUGAACCAUAAGAUGGGAACAGAAUCAGAUUUGUAUUUAAUACUUUCACAGAUUUUCUGUGCUUGGAUGUAAAGAAUAUUAUGCCUUAUUUACCAAGUGACUUUGUGGUGCUCCUGUAAGCUAUACAAAUCUAUGGGAAAUGAUUACUGAUGUGGAUUUUUUUCAGAUUAAAAUUACUGGAUGUUAAUGUCUGUGGUUGUUUAGGGAAAAUAUUUUUAUCUAUCUAAAUGUAAAAGCAACAGGGAAGUUUAUCAUAUCACAAAGAUAUAAAAGACCAAUACAAAUUUUGUUAGAUUUUUUUUUUUUUUUUUGUGACAUUUAAUUUUGGAUUUUGUCGAUUUACAAUUGAGCAGAAAAUACAUGGUAGCAUAAGUGUCAGCCUUGUAAAAAAUCCAGUAUUUCUAAUGUUGUUCUGUAUGAUGUUGUUCCAAGAUGCCUUAGCCUUUAUUAAUAGUAACUGGACUCUCCUGGGUAUGACCUCUAACCUUUUUUGACAGAUUUGGGCUUAUCUCUUUUUUACUCUGAUAUUAGGGCUUGCAGACAUUGAGAUGAAACUUGAAAUUCAUAUUCAUAACAUAAAGUUAUUUUCAUAACAACUGACAUCUUGUUGAGAAAACUUUUUUCUUUUAAUGUAUACUCAAGGGAAGAAAAAUGUUCUGAAAAGUCUAAGCUUUAAAGAAAACAAUAUUUAUUGUUAUUUCAUUGGUAUGGGUUAGCUAUGUUUUGGAUUAAUCAGGUUACACAUUAUAAUAUACCAUUGCUAAUACUCCAUUCUGGACAAGUUAAAAAAAUAUUCACUGGAAAGAGUCUGAUAAUUGCUGUCCAGUAUAUCAUCUGUGAAAAUAAUAUAUUCUUUCCUAGAAAAUAUUUCAAACUUUUGAAAUUUCCUUCUGAUUGCCUGUACAUAUGUUGUAUGCAAAUCAAAUAUUUAUUUUAAUAACUGACUUUUCAGUGACAAUUUCUUUGUGAAAAUGUGCAAUAUUUGAUGACUAAGUCAUUUAUUUUGACUGAGGAACUCUUGCUUCACAUUCCAAGUUAAGACCAAAU